GCUUCCUGUGCUCGGCUGUGGGCUGUCACUGUCUACUAAUACGACUGGUUUGCCAUCUCUCCGCAAAUAAGGCAGAAGCUGCUACCUGAUUGGUAUAACAUCUCACUUUCCCUUCGCGUUGAUUUCCUUGCUCUCCUCCUGUCUUCAUAAAAAGAGGGACAAGUGGCUGGGGCUGUGGACAGAGAAGCUUCGUUUUUAGUAUGAGACAAUCUCUACUAUCUUUCAGGAGAGGGAAGUUGGAUUAUCAAUUCUUUUGUAAAUGUGUAUGGUGAUAUUUGCUCCGCUUUUUGCCAUCUUUGCAUUUGCAACAUGCGGUGGCUAUUCCGGAGGCCUGCGGCUGAGUGUGGACUGCGUCAACAAGACGGAAAGUAACCUCAGCAUCGACAUAGCCUUCGCCUAUCCCUUCAGGUUGCACCAGGUGAGCUUCGAGGUGCCCACCUGCGAGGGGAAGGGACGGCAGAGGCUGGCGCUGAUCGGAGACUCCUCGUCCUCAGCAGAGUUUUUCGUCACCGUGGCCGUCUUCGCCUUCCUCUACUCUCUGGCUGCCACUGUUGUGUACAUCUUCUUCCAGAACAAGUACCGGGAAAACAACCGUGGCCCGCUGAUUGACUUCAUUGUAACUGUAGUUUUCUCAUUCCUGUGGUUGGUGGGUUCAUCCGCUUGGGCAAAGGGACUGUCUGAUGUCAAAGUUGCAACAGACCCCAAAGAAGUCUUGUUAUUAAUGUCAGCUUGCAAGCAGCCAUCCAACAAAUGCAUGGUGGUCCACAGCCCUGUCAUGUCCAGCUUAAACACCUCUGUGGUAUUUGGAUUCUUGAACUUCAUACUCUGGGCUGGAAACAUAUGGUUUGUUUUCAAGGAGACCGGCUGGCAUUCCUCGGGACAAAGAUAUCUCUCGGACCCAAUGGAAAAGCACUCCAGCAGCUAUAACCAAGGGGGAUACAACCAAGACAGCUAUGGGUCAGGCAGUGGGUACAGCCAGCAGGCAAGCUUGGGGACAGCCUCCGAGGAGUUUGGCCAACAGUCCAGUGGCCCUACUUCCUUUACCAAUCAGAUUUAACAAGGUAGCAUUUCCAUCUUUCCAGAGCUAGUUUCACCACCUUUCAUCUCAGUGGUAGAAAAAUUUUUUAAGAAUUUGAAUCAGUUAUCAGUUCAGAGAGUGUUGAAUGUAAAUCAGAGCUCUGUAGUCCUCAGUGAGGCAGAAAGUCCUGGGUUGUGAUGAAUAGUACUUAGAGAUGAGAUGGCAUGAAAGAAUAUAUUAUUCAUCGCAGAUGAUUAAUUGGAGAAUGCCUUGUUAUAUACAUACACCUCUAUAGUCAUUUUGUAUGUGUGUCAAGAUAGUAGAAGCAUUUUGUAGCUUAAAGUCUCUAGUAUGUUCUAUGCAUAAGGUAAAUUAAAUAGUAUUGAGUUUUCCUGUGCAUUUUGAUGCAGAAGAUGUUUUAAUGAUUCCUAGAAGACAACUUGGUGUUUCACAACAUGCAUGUAUUUUUGUUUUUUAGUUCUAAGCCCUGUAGGACUGCAAGUCUCUAUUUGUUUCAGAUGAUUACUCUAUGUUUUCUUAACUUGAUGAUCAAUGCUCAUAUAAUUUAGUGCAUGAAUAAACAUUUUCCCAAAUAAUAAAAUUUGAAUUGUAUUUAUGAAAAUUUUCCAGUUUGCACCAUGAAUUUGUUAAAUGGACAUUUAAAGAAAUAUACCCAUUCACUACUUUGUAUACAUUGCAAAUUUGUCUCUCUGGCUUUACCCAAGUUCUGAAUGCAUUGUAACUAAACUUUGGGGGUUUUCCCUAUUAGUAGAUGGUCAGUGUUAUGGUAACUGCCUGAUAUGUAUUCUAUUUACUUAGCUAAAUAUUAACAUUCUUGUAACUUUCUAUGGUGUCUUGUGGCUCUGUCCUGUGGACCGUGGAUAAUAAGGCCCAAUAGCUGUCUACGCUUAGAGUGGUGUGUUCCUAGAAUACUUGGGAUGCAGAUGUAGAUGCUGCUGUGCUGAAGUAUUAAUCUAUAAGGAAUAUUCUGUAGACCUCCAUGGCCAGCAAACAUUUGAAUCUUAUUUAUUGGUAAAGCUAAUAUAUCCCUCAAUUCAAUUAUUAAAAACUCUCAAGUCACAGCUCAACAGAAUUACUAAUUCUGAUUUGACUAUAACCCGUAAAUUAAAAGUGGCUUCCAUAGGCCUUUCUGUAUUCUGAAGAAGAUUCUCAUAAAAGAGUCCCCAGAAUGCAUUCAUUAUGAAGAAAAUGCCGAUCUUCACCGUCUCAUUUUAAUUCAAUUAGAACACCCAAGUCAGACAGGAAAGGCAAGCUGAGCAUCUGCAUUUCCAGAUAAAAGUCACUCUCCAUGUACAAACCUUCUGUGUGAUCUGCGAUUUUGGAAGCAUUUUAGCACAAAACAAUUUUGUGUCUUAGAUGAUAUCUGUAACCAGUUCCUUGAUCUGUUGGAUAAAUCUGUAUUGUGAUAUGUAUUUGAAUUAAAUAAAGUGAUUGCAUACAGUG